UGGAUAAGAAAUAUUCUUCGAACUCGAAGGAGGCCCCUCUUGGCGUAUAAAUACCCCCAAUAUUCGUUCAUUUUCCCCACUGAACACAAACAUGAUUACCAACACCCAAUUCAUCCAAACCACUAGUUCCCAUUUCGCCGUUGCGCUUGCGAUGGCACAGGCCGUAUUCGGUCUUAUCAAGAGCAUUAUUGCUAUGCUAUUGUUUUGGGCGUGUCCUUCGAUGACACCUUCCUUGCCCGAAUACCCCCGCAUGGCUGUUACGACUAAGGUAGAGCGUAACACAUCUCGAUACUCAAUGAUGGUGGCCCCGUCUUCAUCGGUAUCCUUCUCGUCAUCCAGCUCUACUUUGGUCGAAACGUCGUCAGUAUGUGACAACGCCAUUGCGAAACCCAAGAAGUCAGGCCCCAAGAAGCGCUUGCCUCCUAUGUCCGUGCACAUGAAGAAGGACAUCAGGCGUCUCGCUCAAACUGCCAAGGCCGAGAUGAGGCCUUUCGCACGACGGAUGUCUUCGUCAUUCCAAAUCGCCUUCUCUCCCGUCGCCUCUCCAUUCACCCCUUCAUCGGAUUCGUACUUCCCUCGGAAGGCAUCCGUCCAAUUGAAACGCGUUGGGACCAUCGUCGAAGAGGCAGUGAUAACGUCCCUUGGUUGCGUCUAGGAAGACGAAGAAGGCGUCUAUUUCCAUAACGAAGACAAAGACUACGAAGAAGAUUGCGAAAGUGAGCAAGAAAGCCAAAAGGGUUUUUCUCGAAAGCAUUCAAGAAGUCUUCAGAUCUUGACUAUCACCGUUUUGUACAAUACAUUUUUUUUUACCGAAGGCUCUAUUAUUAUAUAUAUUUUCAACCAC